GUAUAAAGAGGGUUCAAGAUCCAUACUCUAAAAAAAUACUGACAGUUUUUAAAAAGUUGGGUUUAAGGGCGCAUUGGUCUUAUUCCCUCACCUACAUUCCAGGAUAAAUACAUGCACUGAGAAAGAGCUCCACUAUUCACUCUCUCCUUAUCAUCUUCAAGAAGAGAUCCCAGCAGAAGAUGCCAUGAUGCUGAUGAGCUGCUUCCACGUUAUUCUUGUAACUGUGAUUGUUCAUAGUCACAUCGGAGAUGCCUGUGUGUGCAUGCCAAUGCAUCCCCAGCAACAUUUCUGCAGGGCUGAUUUUGUGAUACGAGGUAAGAUCCUACCCGAUGCAAAGCUCCUGCCAGACAACAACGACACAAAGAUGAAACUGGAUGGCAACGACACCUCCAUCCCUAACAUGAAGGUUUACAGAGUACGCAUCGAGAAGAUCUUCAAAGGGGGAGAGACAAUGACUGGGCCGACAAAGCGCACCGAGAUCUUAGUGUCUCGUCUCGGAGAAACGUGUGGGAUUCCUCUACAAGAGGGUGAGGUUUACGUAAUGACUGGACGUAGAAUGAAAGACAUGUACACAAUCAACAUGUGCGAUUGGGUUCUGAAGUACAAUCAGCUGACACGUAAACAACGCCAGGGAAUCCGACAUCUCUACAAGCAAUACUGUGAUUCCUGCCAGAUAAAACCCUGUUUCCACGGCGACUGUCAGGCAACCACACCCAACACCUGCAUCUGGAAUGUCUCUGGUCACAUGCUCGACAACCAUGAUCUGAACUGUGAGGUGGACUUCUCACGUUGUAUCAAAGACGGUGCCGGAUGCAAGUGGUACAUGCCCCAGACAAUGAAGGAAUGUCUGCGUCUUCGAACGCAGAUGAGCAACAAUCGUGUGCCUUGAGAUUUUGUAUUUAUCAUUAUCGUCAAAUUUUAUGGGAAGGUACAACAUCAAUGUUGAAAAUUAAAAGUUAAAUAAAAAAGUAAUAAAUGGAUAAAUUAAUAAAUAAGUAAUUAGCCAUUGAGACCAGGUUAAACUGUGACUCACAUGUUUACGAGAGCCACACGGCCUGGACUUCAGGCAGGUACGAUUUAAAAAUACACAGUUGAAUUUAACAAAAUAACAAAUAUUUUACUUCAUGGAGAUUGCACUGUCUGAUUUUCUCUCAGCUCUUCAGUAUAAAGAAAGGGGACAUAUCUCAAAACUUGUUUAGCUGUAUUUGUAUCACUCUUGAAUUGCAGGCCUGUAUGCUUCGUUAUUGAAGGGCAAACGCACCAAGGCAUUUUCUCCUUGGUGAAGGGCACCCUA